AAUGCUUUUAAAUACUUAUCUACCGUCAUGUUAAUUCAGAAAUCUUGAUAAUGACUCUAAAUAAGGCUAAUGUCUGUGAAAUUUAUGAACUGUUAAUUUGUUUCGGUAUAAGAGCGACGUAAAAUCUAGUUAAAUAAUAAAAUCAACACAAUGUUUUUCAUACAAAAUAUAUUCAAAAGCGUACCGUGUUUUCAGUGUGCGUCGUACAAUCGUGCGUUAAAUACAUUAAAUCGAAUUUAUAAAACGCCGCUUAGAGCGUCGAAAUGUUUAAAUAAAAAAUACAUCAGCAACAAAUCAAUAUUCGAACUGAACACCAACGUGACAAAAGAUGUGCUACUUUUCAAGUCGUCGAGCGACAGAACCUAUAAAAUUAUCAGUAUAUUUGCCGUCGUGCAGUUUGGAUUUUGGCUGACAGUCGCCGAUUCGUAUUAUGCCUUGUUAAACAAAAAUGUUAACGACAGCAAUGAAAAUCAUACGGUCUGGUGGAUGGAUAAGUUAAAAACUAAAGGAAAAAUUGUUACUGUCGGCAUACCCGUUGGUUGCAUCUGUAUGGGUGCUAUUCUAGUAGCUAUAUGUGCCGUUUAUACGAUGAAAUCUGUGAAGAUGUUAGUACUGUGUAAGGGAGGUGAAAAUCUAAAUAUAACAUCCUUCGGACCUUUCAAUAAAAACAUUGUUACAACUAUUCCAUUGGACAAGAUUAGCUGUUCUGUGGGGAGAAAUACCAGCAACCAGACCAUACCGUUGAAAGUUAAAGGAAAAUGGUUUUUCUACACAUUAGAUAAGAACGGCACAAUCUAUAAUCCCCAACUAUUCGACAUAACUGCUGGGUUAAAACGGAAAAUUUAGUUAUGAUUAAUUUGUCUCUUGUCGCUGUUUGAUGUACAUUUUGGAAUAUUAAAAUUCAAUAAAUACAGUUCUCAAGCAAUAAAAUCAUCAAUACAUUUAUUUGGAAUUUGUACUGUAAUUGUGUUUUGGUUUGUUGAAACCGAAUGAAGUCUCCCGGUAAAGGUACUUCAUUUAUCUGGGUAUUAGAUAAAAAAAAAAAAU